AUGAGGGUGCGUUUAUGAAGGGAUUGGGUGCCGGUACUAUCGGUGUUGUUAAAUUAGGGGACUUUGGUCUUGCAAAAAAAUUGACCCCAUUAAUAAGUCAAACUACUCCUACCACCAACACAAGAUAUAUCAACAAUUUGAAGACUCCUUGUGGCACUGCUGGGUACACUGCCCCCGAAGUUAUUACGGCCAACCAAGAUAUAGACAAGCAGAACUACUACUCCAAGGCCGUGGAUAUCUGGUCUUUGGGUUGCUUGUUGUACACAAUAUUAUGUGGCUUCCCUCCAUUUUAUGACGACGAUUCGAGCAAAUUGACAUUAAAGAUUCUAAACGGUGACUACACCUUUUUAAGUCCUUGGUGGGAUGAAAUCAGUGAUGAGGUUAAAGACCUUAUUGCUAAAAUGUUGGUUAUCAACCCCAACAAUAGAAUCACCAUCGAUGAAAUCUUUAAUCAUCCCUGGAUAAAGGAUGAGAUUUUUUCACAGGAUUACUUUAAUAUCAAUUCCAAGUUUGAAAAUAAUGACCUUACGGUUUCAAAGACCCCAAUAGAUAGGGUGGAACACAUCGAGCAUAGAUCAGGUAGUAGCAACUCCGACACGGUGGGUACGUUAGUUUUGGAUCCAGAUGAUCCUCUUUCUGAACAGCCAUCCCCUUACAAUUUGCCAACUUCAGCUGUGGAUAUUCCUAAGCCAAUUCCUAUACCAGCUGCUAGUGGCCAUAGCACCAACCCAUUAUUAAGUCCCAGAGCAACUGCAAUUAAAUCGGUUUUUAAUAAUCCGGCAAUGAAUGAGUUCUCAGGGUUAAAAUUCAAUAAUAAGGCCAUAUUCAACAUUGAAGAAGAACAAAAGGAUAUUCUCACCAACCUCCACAAACUCAUCAUCAAGUCUUCCAUUCCCAACACCAUUUCAUCAUCGAACUCGGACUCAGAUGAUGAAGACUACCAAACUCGCCAAAGCUCCAUUAUCAGCGGAGACCGUUCCAAUGAAAAAUUCCAGCUUAAUAUGAAUGAUCUGAAUCUAAUUCUGAGAAGAAGAUCCACCAAGACAUCUCACUAACACUUACUCCUAUUGCACGAUCAUGGUCACUGGCUGAUUUGAUCUUUCAUGUAUUAUAGAGACUCAAUACACAAGGUUUUCGGGUAUUAGAACAUGAAUGUGAUUAUAAAUAUAUACAUAAUAAAUUUCACCUAACCCCUUUCGGCAGGUUUGAUGUCCAACUCACCGUCAUCUUCUUCAGGCACUAAGCAAUCGGUCUUCUCCAACAAUUCGGCCAAUUCGCCACUUUGUGCCAUACUCAUGAUAAUAUCACAUCCUCCAAUAAACUCCUUGUCCACAUAUAAUUGGGGGAUUGUUGGCCAAGAACUAAAUUCUUUAAUUCCAUCUCUUAACUCAGAGUCCUCCAACACGUUAUAGGCAGCGAACUUGUUGGGGUCUACCCCUUGUUGACCCAAAAUUUGGAUUGUUGCUCUGGAGAAUCCACACUGCGGGAAUUCGGGAGUACCUUUCAUGAACAAAACAACCUUGGAGCUGUCGAUGGCUUUUUGAAUGGCAUCCUUGAUCUCGUUAGACAUAAAUCUAGUGUUCACGAACCCAUAAGCUCUAGGGGGCGUAGCUAUUCUGGAGGUUAAAAGCCUAAACAUGACAAUGUUAGUAAGCAGCGGUUUUUAUUUGAUGGAAGUUUUUCGAGUGAGCAUCGUGCGAUUCAGCCGUUGGCUGCACAAGUUAGACACAACUACAAGGAACAUGAAGCUCUGGUUGUUCCUCAAGUUUGAUUCCGUCCUAGUAGAGCACUCAUAGUUUGAGGCCCUUGGAAGGUUUUGGAUAGGUAGCCUGUAUUUGCAGCCACUUAUUUUUUGGAGGUGGCCGCUUGGUGGCCGCUUGGUGGGCCUACCACGACUGUCGCGCCAGCUGCCGCCCAAAGUGUCCGAGAAACACAUAUGCCUAAACCGGAUACCCCGAGGGCCCGUCACGAGAUUGACCUGACUCCGCAUUUUUAGUGUAGAGUACAUCGGAGGAUUUUCGCUGUCUAAAAUCCUGUCAACCCUAUGGUUUAGCUUCCCCUAUAAACCCCCAAAGCACUUGAACAUGACCACCACUACGUAUAUUUAUGUGGUAUACUGAGAGCUUUAUUCCCAGCACCUUCUCGGCGUCUCCCCGCUAAAAAGGAGAUGUCCGGCAUCCUCUCUUCGCCGGUAUACUCUGUGUUGUAACCAAUUUAAUGGUCGCAAACUGCCGGUGCACGCCUCAGCAAUAUCAAAAGCUUUACCGGUUCAGGUCACUGUUUAAGCCCAAUAUACAAAU